CGGGACGGAUGUACUGGCUAUUGUAACGUCAUUUUCCCGCGACAAAAGACAGUUGAGGCUGCAGCAGCAUCUAUGAAGCUACGUGUCCCGCGAUCUUAGAAAUAACACCUUUAUAUUCUGCAACCAGUAACGGGAUUAUUUUACAUUUAUAGCGCUCUCUGUCAGGUCAGAUAAAAACGCGUCAGUGAUUUUGCUUUGAUCUCCCAGAGAUCUUAAAACCUCGAGUACGGACUUUUAAGAUGGCGUCGGUGGAUCUGAGAGACAACCUCCUCGGAAUUUCGUGGGUUGACAGUGGAUGGCCAAUCCUCAACCCCGGCAAUGUGCUUGAUUACUUUUCCGAGAGAAGCAACCCAUUCUACGAUCGCACAUGCAACAAUGAGGUGGUCAAGAUGCAGCGACUCUCGCUCGACCAUCUGAAGCAAAUGGUGGGAGUGGAGUACACCCUUCAUUAUGCUCAGGAGCCCAUCCUCUACAUCAUUCGUAAGCAGCAAAGGCAGUCUCCUAAUCAAGUCAUCCCCUUAUCUGAUUACUACAUCAUUGCCGGGGUAGUGUAUCAGGCUCCAGACCUGGGCUCUGUCAUUGGCUCCAGAGUGCUGUCUGCCAUCCACGGAGUCCAGUCCGCCUUCGACGAGGCCAUGUCUUACUGUCGCUACCACUCCUCCAAAGGGUACUGGUGGCACUUCAAGGACCAGGAGGAAAGAGAAAAGGCCAAGCCGAAGUCCAAGAAGAAGGAGGAGCCCAGCUCCCUGUUUCAGAGACAAAGGGUCGACACGCUGCUGCUGGAUCUCAGACAGAAGUUUCCCCCAACUUUCUAUCAGCCCAAGCCAGGAGAAAAGCCAAUUCCAGUGGAGGUGAAGAAAGAGCCGGAGCCGCCCGUGGAGUCAGUGAAGCAGGAGGAGCGGGAGCCGGCGGCCAAGGCUCCCGCCCCCACCCCGCCCGCCAAGCCCCCCCCGGAGAAACGAGCGCGGCUGCAGUGAUGACACGCUACCUGACGGGCCUCCCAGACCAAAUGCAAACGCGCGAAGUGCCACGCUGGCAGACACGGCCGCAGCCGUUUCUGAGGCCAGCGAACCCUUGCUGCCAUGUUAAGUGGUGUUUCCAUACCAGUGCACUGUGUGGGUCAAGAUGGACGAUUUAUUUCGUUUUGGUUUUUUUUUUUGUCUUUUUUGCUGGGCAGGUCAAAAAAAAAGAGGUUAUUCAGUUGUGAAAUGGAAUCAUGGGUUUCUCAGUGGCGUGCUUGACAGGGGCAGUUGCUUACAGACUGGACUGAAUCUGGAGAGUGCCGGUGUUGGCCAUAUUCAGGAGUCCUGCAGGGUGAUGUAUGAAGGCCCUGUAGCUGCUCCUAGUGCUGUGGGGAGUGUGAAGGGCUUCACUCUGCACUCUACACUCUGGCCUAGCGGACAUUUGCGCUCUGUCUGUAUCGGCUGUGCAGUCCUCCGGCGUGGUGGCUGGCAGGUUAGUGUGCAAGAGCAGUGGUCAGCUGACCUCACACAUUUCAGCGGAUGUGCGGGACAGUGUGUGCCCUUCCCAAACUGACGAAGAAUGUUGCAGAAUGGAGCAGACCUACAGUUGUGAUUGAGCAUUCUAAGUGAGAGAGAAUAGCGAAAAGGGAAAAAAAUUCAAAAAUAAAAAUAUUGGAGUAAGUGGUCCAGCCCUAAAUUUUGCCUUGCAUCAGUUCUUCAGCCUUGGUUUGGCCACACACACGCACACACACACACACACACACACACACACAGUUAGGGAAAUGCAUAUAGCUGAAAUGGGAAAGUAAAGCUGGGUCGUGGUGAGGAGCCAGUGAGACUCGGCUCAGUCUCUCUGAAGAUGCGGACUCUUCGUACGGCUGCAGCAGGGAUUCUGCACUCCUCUUCCGCCCACUCGCUCUGUGGGCCAGCAUGCCUGCACAGGAGCUCUGCGUGUCUUACAGCACGGACCGUGUGACCAGCCGGGAGCGCUCGUCUGCUCUCUGCAGCUGCCUGGACAUGUUGGGGAUGUUUACCGGUGCAGUCAAAACACAUGACGUGUUUUUCUUUAUUUUUAUAAGGAACCGGAGUAACCUUCUUUUUAGAAGGCAAGUCAAGGUUCUGGAACAUUCUCUUCUGUUUUUCAGGGUUUCUGAGAGUUUUGGUUUUGUAUAUUUUUUAGUAUGUAGGGAACAGUAAGUGAUGAGUGAAUUCUUAGGUUUUUUUUUCUUAUCUGCUUUUCUGAUCACAGGCAGCAUUCCCAGGAUCCUUAGGUACCAGAAAAAAACAUUUUUGUGUAGAUUUCAGAAAGGUAUCUGGUCAAAAGCCAGCCUGUGGAGUGGCGCUAUUUUUUUUCUUGUGUGUGUCUGCAUGUCUCCUGAAAGAGCUUGGCAGAAAUGUUUCAUACUUUCUUUAUAAAAACGAGUGAAUAAAAUGUCAUUGUGUUAAAAAAAACUGAUGUAAACUGGGUGGGCUGUCUUGCUAGAAAAAUGCAGCAAAUUUUGCAUAAACAUUUUGAACGAAA